AUGUUGCUUCACUACCUGUCCGUGACAGGCGCUCUCUGUCUCAGUAGCUGUGCUGCUGCUGCUGCUGCCGUGCCUUACUCCUACAUCAGUUCGCCCCGCUCGGCCAGCGCCCAUCAGAUCAACCUGCCUGCCGUUCCAUGUGCUUUCUCCGAUUCCAGCUGCAAUGAAGCACUCGACCCCCUUGCACAUCUCACUAUUGAUUUCUCGACUCAAAAUGGCAUCUUGCUGGCCAACAAACAGCCCAUCUUCCCUGCUUCAGUGCCGAUGCAAUUCUCCGUGGACCGCAAAUGGGACGCGAACAAGCAGUCCGUCUCCGUCGCCUACGCAUUAGAUGUCCGACCGCUUCCAUCUCACCCUGGUGCCCCGGUGGGCGACAUCUACCACCUGAAGCUCCGACUCUUCGACCUGCACGGUCGUCCCGUCACCGACCACGCCGUGGCAAUCGGCCUGGUCCGGGACACCGUGGGUAACCUCCAGAUCACAGUGAUCGACCCCAACUCCAGCCGCGAACACGGCCACGGCAACAAGAUCUGGCGCAUGAAGGAGUGGAAGUCUCAGGUCGAGUCUUACGUCCAGAACGCGAAGGAGGCGGUAACUGACUGCCUGAAGACGACGCCCUUCUCCCACGGACACCACGAGCACGAACAAGACGACCCGCACCACGCUCCGGCGCCCGCUGCUCAGCCUUCGCACGAGACGGCCGCGUCGACCAAGUAUCCUCCUGUCUUCCGCACGAGCCAGAACGGACAGUUCCUCUGGACCGGCCGCGAGCGCGGCGUCAUGAGACAGAUCCGUGCGAUCAUCUUCCCUGCUCUCCUGGGAGUGUUAGCCGGAGGUGUCGCCUGCGUCAUCGGAUACCUCCUUGGUCGGAUGAUCAUCUCCGUCUACUUCUGGGCACAGGGCGGCCGCCAGUCCCAGGUCCCCAGCAUCACGAUCGAAGACGGAGAGUAUCUCUCGGAGAAGGAGGCGCUGAUGGAACUGUACAGCGAUUCCGAUCCUGAAGCCAAUCUCCCCCGUGACUGA